CUCCCUGGCCCCGAGUUGGAGGCUCCCUUGCACGACUGCUCCGAGAUUCUGGGCUGCGUGUCUAGCCUCCAGGAAGAACUGAAGGACCGGCCUUUAAAGGGAGCAGAAGUGAACUGGUAUGCUGGCGGAAGCAGCUUCAUUGGAGAUGGGGUGAGGUGUGCUGGGGCCGCGGUAACUACUGAACGUGAGGCUGUGUGGGCAGCUGCCCUUUCUCAACACUGCCUGUCUCAUUCACAAACACAGGAUACGUUCACAUUUCCUUUUUUCUUUAGUUUUGUUCAGCAGCGUUCCAUAGUUUUCAGUGUUGAAUAAACUUGGCUAAGUUUAUAAUUUUUAAAAUUUUUAUUUAUUCCCUUUUGUUGCCCUUGUUUCAUUGUUGUAGCUAUUGUUAUUGAUGCCACUGUUGUUGGAUAGGACAGAGAGAAAUGGAGAGAGGAGGGGAAGACAGAGGGGGGAGAGAAAGAUAAGACACUUGCAGACCUGCUUCACCGCCUGUGCCCAACUCCCAACUUGGCUCCCCCAGAACCUUCCUCACCCUUCUUAUGAAGCAGGAAGAACCCUACCACCGACUUCUGGGAAAAUUAGGGACUCAGUUCCCCAGAACCACUCCGUCGAACUCGGUUCUGGGUGCACUGAGGCAGGCCUCAUCAGGCCUGCUGCUGCCCUGCAGUUUUGUCACCUUUCCUGGGCCUCUGAGAGCUGAAUGUGGCCUGUUCCAAACCUGGGGACCAGGGUCCUGCCUGCCUCUCACCCUGCCCCAAAUGCAGGGGUCCGGGACAGUGGGCAGCUUCCCCUAUGACAUCACAGAGCUGGUCGCCGCUGGAGACCCGCAGGUCCCUGCCCUCGGCAGGGGAGAGGCGGGUCCUGCUGCACCUGGUGGCCGCCCGCUCCCCACCACACCGGCCCCCCAUGGAAGCCUUGGUUUGUGCCUUCUCUGAGCUGCGCAUACAAGAAGAUGCAGUGAGUCGGGGCCAGGGACGUGCCAGCCACCCGGACACGCCGCCCAACAUCUACGAGGGGGGGCUGGGGGCACAGCAGCAGCAGAGCCCUGGCACCCAGGGCAGCAAGCCGAAGAACUUCCGGCUGCGCCACCUCCGCGGCCUGGCGCUCUAUCUGCCCGGCCACAUGAGGCCCGCCGGCCAGUGUGAGAGCCACUGGCUGGGACGGCUCCUGGCCGGUGGCUGCCUCCCGCCCCAGGGCGCCCCAGGCCCAGGUAACAGUCCCCAACCAGCCCCCCUGGAAGCUCAGCUGCCCAGGGACAGCCUGGGAAUCACAGCUUCCAGUACCAGCAUGGACCCAGCCAAGGGGGCCCCCUCCCAGCCCCAUCCCCCCGAAGGCUUGGGGCUCAGGCCCAAGAGGUCCUGGGGGACCCUGGAGGAGUCUGUGUGUCCGUUAUGCAAGAGGACGCGCUUUGGGGCUCUGGACAGGGACUAGGAGCAAAGUGCAGGGUUGGCUCUCCCAGCUUGGACAGGGGGGAGAUGGGCCCAGAGCGGAGGGUCGGUCCCCCCCAGCUAUGCCAGACAGCAGCGCCCCAGCCCGGCUGGUCACAGGAAAACCCUGGGUGGGCCGUCCCUCCGGAGGGUCAGAGGAAUGGAAGUCAGUGUGUGUGCCCUUGCAGCCACUUGAACCUGGGCGGCCAGCAGAGUGGAGCAGGGCUCCCGGGAGCCCGGGUGGCCUGCAGGUCCAAUAUCAAUAAAAGCUAAGGCCUGCGCCUUCUGGCCUGUC